GUCAAAGAAAAGGACCAUGGCGAGAGGAAGCCUGAGGAAAGUAGCAGAAUGCAUGAAACAUUUACCUUUGACAGCAGAAAUACAGACCAGGAACAGUGUCAGAUACCUGUCAUCAUGUGGGAUCCUGAUGACUCGCGUACCUCCGCUGCUGGGUGCAGCCAUGCCAGGGCGUGGUAUCGUGUUACCCGCCCGUAGCUUCUUCAACCUGGCCGAUUCCUUCUCCAAGAGGAAGGAGUACUCAGAGAGACGCAUCAUUGGGUAUUCCAUGCAAGAGAUAUACGGGGUGGUGGCCGGAGUGGAGAACUACCGCCUCUUUGUUCCCUGGUGUAAGAAGUCCGAUGUGGUGUUCAAGCGAGCGGGAUUCUGCAAGGCCAAACUAGCUGUGGGCUUCCCACCUGUGAUGGAGAACUACACCUCUCUUAUCACUUCAGUGUGCCCCCACCUUGUCAAGGCGUCCUGUUCGGAUGGUAAACUGUUCAACCACUUGGAGACAGUUUGGCGUUUCAGCCCUGGCCUGCCAGGAUAUCCUCGUACCUGCACCGUGGAUUUUUCUAUCUCCUUCGAGUUUCGCUCUCUCCUCCAUUCCCAGCUGGCUCACGUUUUCUUCGACGAGGUGGUGAAGCAGAUGGUUUCGGCGUUCAUGCGUCGCGCCUCCAAGAUUUAUGGAGACGAGACGGCCAUCCCUCGCGAGCUCAUGUUCCACGAGGUUCACCACACGUAGCGCUGCACGAACCGUUCUGCAAAAAAAAACCACAAACACAAACACAAACAAAAACACAACGCCCAAUGCCAGACAGAGAAACAUAAGAGAGGAGUAGUCAAGUGCCUUUCUCACAGCAACGAACAGUUUUUUUUAAAUAUCACUGAUCCACCAGCUGGUUUUCACCUUGGUGCUAAAAACACAUGCAGACCUGUUUCACAUUUCAGUUCAUUUCAAUUAUCAGAACUAUGCUAUCUGUGCCUGGUUGUGAAACAGGUUAAGAUGAGUGUGUUUCCAUGGCGAUGCAGUGCCGUCGUUCAUCACAGCUGUAAACAUGAAUUAAUUACACCGGUCUAACCCAAGUUUUUGCGACCAUUUAACACACUUUUAUUUAAAAAAAGCUGCUUUAGGGAGACACUUUACAAGCACAUGUCUUCCAAAAAAACAGAUUUCAGGCUGUGCAGCAGAUGAAUAUUGUUUAUCACCUGGGUCGGGAUACAAAACAAAAUGCAGAUUGAAGAAAGGAACGUUUUUUAAGAUGUUUGUGUGGAGGCUUGGGUGAAGAUUGGAGACUAAAUCGUCAGUUUAGAUGAUGUGAAAUGUUCCAUUUCUCUUUAUAAUAUAUAUAUUUUCAAGCUCCAUACAAGAGUGCAUGUAUGAAAUGUACGUUUCUGUGCAGAAUUCAGGAUUGGAAAAUAAUUUAGAUUUAAGCAGUGAAGCUAUCUGUUCGGUGGAGCUUCAAGUGUCGUUCCAGGUCGACACGUACAGGUUCAACCUUAAUGUCACACAGGGCAACACACUUCCUCUGUCAGCUGACCCACAUCUGAUGUGAGUCAGGAGCUCAGUGCAGAAGGAUUAGACAGUAUUCAGUGAGCGCUUGACUCAGGUUUGACGGCUGAGAAAGUGAUCAACAAAAAAAGAAGUUUAGGGCUGCAACUAAAAAACAUUUUUUUAUUACUGAUUCAUCUGCCAAUUCUGAUCGUUUAGUCUAUGAAAUGUUCAAAAAUGGUUUAUAAUGUCUAAGAGGGCACAAUAACAAGAAACAUGCAGAUAUUUCAUUAAUUAUGACAGAAAAAAACAGCAAAUCGUCAUAUUUGAUAAACUAGAAGUAGAGAAUAUCUGGGAAAAUGACUGAAAUGAGUAAUCAAAUAUAUUAUAUAGUUGCAGUUGUAUUUGUUGUCGAUGGACUAAUUGAUUAAUCGACUGAUAGUUACAGCUCUAGAAGAGUGAGGACAUUGGAUCCACCAAACUCUUAUGAGUAAAGCUUGUUUAUCGCCACGGAAAUGAGCAAAGUUUCUGUACGAGGUUACAGUUCACAGUUUGGUCCUUACUUUUCAUGUUACAGAUGUUCGAGUGAGGGCAACAAGUCUUUUGUUAGCUAAAGAUGACACAAAGAUAUAAGCAGCAGUACCAACUAAUAACCGAGGUCCAGAUGUUAUUUAAACCUUUUUUUGUGAUGACAAAGCGACAAAAGAAAUCAAUGUUUAAACUCCAAAACUCCAAGAGUCAAAGUCCAUGAACAGUAAGAUAUUAAACUUCAAUCUCCACCUUGUCACCACAUACCUGUAUAUUAUAUGAAUAUUUACUAAGUAUUAAGGGCAGAGGCAGGUUAGUGCAGUGAGGAUUGUGUACAAACCACUGCAGAUAGAUGAGCUAAAUGUGCUGUAAACUACCAGGAAUACAAACCUCUCAAAGGGUGAUGUGCUUUUAUUUUGCUUUAAUUAGGGGGACGCUGUUUUUUUGUUUCUUCCUCUUCAUGUUACUUAUACUAUGCUCUCGUCAUUAUUAAGGGAACGAUGCUGGACAUAAGAGUUAAAGCUAAAUUAUACGGCAAAGCGUGCAAUACCAGCAGUAUAUAGGUGUUAUUUUUUUAAAUGCAAAAUGCUAAGCGAACAUGUAAACAGACUGUCGAUGCACAGGACCUAUUCCAACUGUCCGACCCUCACCGCUCACAGAGUGCCUCCUGGCAGCAUAUCUUUCUUUUUCUUUUUUUUAAUAUAAUCAUUUUAUCAUAUUUAUUACUUAGUCUAAGUGUAAAUAUUGGUUUGACGAUCACACGAGAAAGACCUAUACACUGCGUUUAAAGAAAAUGUGUGUUUCAUGGGAUGAGGAAAGGACUUGUGUAUAUUAUGAUUGUGUUGAAUGACUUCAGAAAGUUGAACCGACUGCAUGAUUUAUAAACUAUUUUUUCA